UCUGUAAAACGCCAAUUUCACCCUAUUCCCCGUUUCCCCGCAAGGUAUCAUCGACGCCGCUCGACAGAUAGCCCGUGGGCCUAAAUUGAAGGUGUCGAUUUUAACGAUCAUGGAUUCUCGCCUCACCCAUCCGACCUUCUCUACGCCUUACGGGCACGGCUCGGCGUACGGGUUGCCGAUGAACGGAGGAUUGACCUCGGGCUCUUUGUUCCGCGAUAUGCCUUUGCCCCGCGGCCAUCAUUAUACGGAUCGGCCUCAACAGUACGGAAGCUUGCUGCCUGAUCGCUAUUUACGCACCUCGCCCCCGCCGGGCUACAUGGGUGGACCUCCCGCUUACUUGCCGCCUUCGCGAAAGUUUCGUACCAAAGUUCGCUUUGAUUUUUGCGUAUUUUGCCGCAACAAUGGCGAGGAUGAGCAGUUUUUCUUGGCGCACACCCUGAAGGAUGAUUCAGGCCAGGUGAUUUGCCCGGUAUUGCGGGCUUACGUGUGUCCUAUUUGUGGGGCUUCAGGACCCGUGGCGCACACCAUCAAGUAUUGCCCGCAAAACAAGGACGACAAAUACCACGACUCGUACGCCUCGAUCACCACUCUGAAACAGAUGCGUUCGUCCACGGGAAAGAUUCGGUGCAACGGUUCGCUCUCCCUCCAAUACCCUGCCGUGGAGCACUGUUUGGGUCCCGUGGGCUCGAGGGUUCCGAAUAGCAAGGAAAGUAGUCCCACCGAUAGUCCCCCUCCGACCCCAGGGAUUUAUACUAGUCCCUUGAGUCUGGGCUUCCCGUUGCGUCAAGGCUUCGGAUCAGGUUCGCCAAUCAUGAGCAAAAACAAGUCGGAAAUGUUUUUCCCGGAUUUUUAAGAGGACGGAUGAAUGCAAUGUUUGUAGAAUGAGAUGAGUUUGCAACCUUUACAGCCCAACGGGUUGUCUUUAUUUUCUUUCUCUAUUAUCCUGGAUAUUAGUUCUGUGUCACGACUAGAAUGUUUGGAAGAUUCGACAUUUUUAGCCCCUUUGAUUAUGAAUUGGAAUUGUUUUACUAUCUACUGUGCAUACGAUUAUGAAUUUGUGAUUUUCAUUUGAACUGUACCCCGAUUACAGGCAUCGUUUUAAUACGUUUCCAUUACCGUCCCAUUAUUGUAUUUGAAUGCCAAGAAAAUGACUCGUGAUUACCAAUGAAAUACAGAAACUUUUGACCGCUAUAA